GUGGACACCCGCACGAACUGCAUUUAACGCAACUUCUACCUGGCUUCCACCUUGAAGUGAACAAGAUUCGAGAUUUGAUGUGCAGAACAUUCCAUUCACAGUUACGUCGUCAGCCAAUUCCCUUUCCCGCCAUAUAAUGGAAUAAAGCUUCGGAAGCACGUGCUUCCACUUCGGUCACGCAAAUGCGGUGACUAUCCCAAAUUACCAGUGUUCCGGACUUCAUAAGUUGGGUGAGGAACACUGGCAUUACCUGAUGGAUGACCAGAUCAUCUCGGCGAUCCAAAUCGCUUAUAACCCUUCCUCCGAUCCGACCCUCAAGCGCCAGGCCUUUGACUAUGUCAAUCAGCUGCGCCAGGAGCCUUCAGCAUGGCAACCUUGCCUCACUAUUUCACUUCAAGUGCCCCGUCAACCUAUGGUGAUCCGGGUAUUCUGCCUCGAUAUCGUCAAUAACGCUCUACAAGCAGGGCUGGUGGACCAACAAGGCUUGAGAACUAUCAAAGAUCGGUUGAUGGAGUAUCUGGGGAAACACUAUGGUUCAGGCAGUGAAGAAGAAACACCAGACCCCGGGACGAUCGUGAACAAAUUCGCUCAAACCAUCACGUUCCUGUUUGCGUCGUUCUACGGCUCUGGGUGGGAGACCUGCUUCGAUGACCUCCUGGCUUUAACCACGAAAGGCACUGGGUCCAGGGACAGCUACCCGGGCGUUGUCUUCUAUCUCACGGUCCUCAAUUCCGUUCACGACGAGAUUGGAGACCAACUACUAUCAAGAUCUCGGGCAGAGCAGGAUCGAGCUAACACGUUGAAGGACCUGAUCCGUGAACGUGACGUACAGAAGAUUGCACGUUCUUGGGAAGAGAUUCUGUCUCAGUGGAGAACCUCGAAGGAUGUUGUCGCCGAGCUUUGUCUCAAAGCUGUGGGCAAAUGGGUCAGCUGGGUAGACAUCUCGUUUGUGGUCAAUCAGCGGAUGCUUGAAUUAUUGUUCCAGCAAUUAGAACGAGCCCAAAAGGUUGAACCUGGUCCAGGCGAAGAGUUGGCCAGAGAUGCUGCUGUUGAUGUCUUCACCGAGACAGUCGCGAAGAAAAUGCCCACGGCUGACAAGAUCGAUAUGAUCACCUUCCUCAAUCUCGAAACUGUCGUGUCUCAACUGGUCACCUGCCCACCAUUAAGCGAUAGCAGGGCACCCAAUUAUGAUGUCGACCUUGCUGAGACCGUGGCAAAACUGGUCAAUACAACUGUGACGGAUAUUGUCAGAGUGCUGGACACGGAGAAUCAGGCCUCGCCGACGUGGGCCAAAGCCGAGCAGCUUCUAGCAGCGUUCCUUCCGCACCUGCUUCGGUUUUUCUCCGACGUCUUUGACGAAGUCUGUUCCACUGUGCUCACUGCAAUGAAUGACGUACUUGCAUUUCUUAGGAAGGCUAGCACGGGAGAGGCUGCGGCUGCUCAACGUGCAGCAAUGCUGUUACCGAUUCUGAAAGCGAUAUUCAUCAAGAUGCGAUAUGACGACACAGCCGAUUGGAACCAAGAAGACGAGCAGACCGAUGAAGCUGAGUUUCAAGACCUUAGGAAGAGAUUGGCCGCACUGCAGUCCGCUAUUGCAGCAGCGGACGAAGCACUCUACGUUGAGGCAAUCUCAACGCUCGUUCAUGACACGUUGCAGAGACUACGCACCGACGGCUCCUCAUUGAACUGGCGAGACCUUGAUCUCGCUUUGUACGAAGUGUACUUGAUGGGUGAUCUUGCAGCUAAAGGAGGAGGUUUGUACCACAAGAACAAACCCAACUCUCCUGCAGCCGAAGCACUGAUUCAGAUGAUGUUGGAGAUGGUUCAGUCGAAUGCAGGCUCCUUCGGCCAUCCUGCGAUCCAACUUCAAUAUAUGGAAAUAUGUGUCAGAUACAGCACAUUCUUUGAGAAGCACACUGGGUUUAUCGAGCCCGUGCUGCAGACUUUCCUCGAGCUGGCGCAUCACCAAAGCUUGAAGGUUAAAGCUCGAGCAUGGUAUCUAAUUCAGCGCCUAGUUCGACAAUUGCGUACUCACUUAGGAAAUGCAACCGAAGCGGUCGUACAAAGUCUGCAAGAUCUUCUUGUCAUCCGUGCCGAGCUUCCCAGUGAGGAAGAAGGGGACGAUAUGUCAUCAGACGGUGAAACAGCCACGGAUUCAACAUUCACAAGCCAGCUGUAUUUGUUCGAAGCGGUAGGAUGCAUUUGUGGCUCGACCUCGGCACCCCCUGAGAAACAAGCUCCAAUCCUGCAGCUUAUCAUGCAACCACUGUUCUCCGAUAUAGAACGCAAUCUGGAGUCUGCCAGAGCAGGAAAUGAUCUUGCUAGCCUCCAGGUGCACCAUUCCAUUAUGGCUUUGGGUACGAUAGCUCGAGGUUUCUCGGAGUUUACUCCUGGAGCUGACUCUCAACAUGGCGGAGCUGCAAUUGCGCCGCAAGUCAAACAAGCGUUUGCACAAGUUGCGGAGGUGACCCUGGUCACGUUGACCGCGCUCAAAUCAUCAUUCCAGAUCCGCACUGCUGCACGAUUUGCAUUUUCGCGCCUGAUUGGCAUCGUGGGCACGCAAAUGAUGCAGCAGCUGCCCCAAUGGGUUGAAGGCCUGUUGACUGAGUCAUCUACAAGAGACGAGAUGGCUUUAUUUCUUCGGUUGCUUGAUCAGGUCAUUUUCGGCUUCAAGAACGACAUAUCAGACUUCCUUGAUCGAUUGUUCUCGGGCCUCCUUCAGCGUGUCUUCGUUGGCAUCUCGGCAGGGACCUCAGGAACUGAUGACGAAAUCGAAUUGGCAGAGUUGAAAAGAGAAUACCUCAACUUCCUCAUGGUCAUCCUCGGAAAUGACCUUGGGACCGUUCUUGUCAGCUCGACAAACCAGCCUAUUUUUGAGUCGAUCAUCACCUCGACUGAACAUCUUGCAAGGGACGUUGAGGACUUUCCCACCGCCAAAAUGGCAUUCUUGCUACUUUCGAGAAUGUGUACUGUUUGGGGAGGACCUGAUGUGGUUUCUGCCAUUGGACAAGUCAAUGGCAACGUAGCUGGACCUCAGCCUGCAUUGCCAGGUUUCGAUCAAUUCAUGAUCACCCGUUUCUCGCCCUUGUGCUGGGCCCUACCAACCAACCCGUCUUUCAAUAGUAAAGACGCACAAGCUCGACAAGCACUUUCGGAAGCUGCUGGGCUUCAAAAGACCAUCUACACCAAAACUGGCCAGCAAUAUUUGACCUGGCUACAGGAGAAUGAGUUGCGCACAAUGGGCAUGAACGAUACCCUGAUUAACGAGUAUCUGCAAAAGCUAGCGACACUGGAACCUAAGGCAUUCAAAACUUUUUUUGCAAAAUUUAUCGCACAAGGAGGGCAGAUGUAAAACAAAGAGAAGCCUGGAAAAGGAUGCGAGCACAUUUUUGACGACCUGCAUAUGAUACCAAGGACAGCUGAAAGUUAUGAGGCGUAUGAAGGAAGCACCAUGGCGUGACCUCCACAGUCAUGUCGGCUGGGUCAAUCUCAAAAGACAUAGUAAUAUAGAAAAAGCGAAAGCAUCAUCGAAAUGCAUUCCCGCAUAGAGAGGAAGUCAGGCAUUGGUUGCACUGCUCUCUACUCAGAUCAUUGGCUCGAUGUCAGGAUGUGUUCAGAAGUGCUCUCGCUUCAGACCGUCGUAAUUGGCUCGAAGUGGAAUAUGCGCCAAGGCUGGUCGGCAGACCUUCCCGCACUGUCUGCACCCACAUUUGCAAAAACACC